AUGGAAGCGCAAAUCGUCUUAAGAGAGCGAACUAACCCGCGCCUCACCCUGUCAUUCACUUUUAUCUUUCGGAUUCAUAUUUUCAACAGUAGCUUUGUCGUCGAUCUUUUGUUUACUUGUCUCCGCCUCCCAAUUGUUCAGGUUUCAAGCGCAGUAGACCAUGUGCAAUCCGGGAAUACUGCUCUUCAGAAAGCAAAGAGCUUACAGAGGAACUCGAGGAAAUGGAUGUGCAUUGCUAUCCUCAUCCUUCUUAUCAUAGUUGCUGUCAUUGUUGUGGGCGUGCUCAAGCCAUGGAGCAACAACAAGGGUGCUUAG